AUGAAGGAGAAUGGUAAGAAGAUCCGCCAACAACAGUACGACUAUUCUGGUGCUAUGAUUGGUAAGCUGAAACCUGAAGAACGGGAAAACUAUAAGAAUGAGAUUGAUGGCUAUAUAAGGGCUGGUUAUUGGCAGGAUCUGGAAGUAUCCCCAUUGCCUCGACGUUAUAACUGUGCAAUCUCUGAUCUUCUUCCAGUGGUAGUGUUCCCCGUCAAGCAAGAGGGGCGACAUACUCGUAUUCGCCCCUGUGCAGAUGCACGGGGGGCCAAUGAGCAAUCCCCCCGUGCUUCUUAUCGUGGUGGUUGUAUAUCCUCUAUCCUUCAGCAUAUUAUGAUUGGCUGGCGUGAAGGUUUCUGCGUGCAUACCCGAGAUGUGAAGAAGGCCUUCUAUAAA